AAAGCAAUAAAUUCCACAUAUAAUAAAUGUACAGCGUUGUGUUGCAUCUGUGUAAAACUUGUAGAAGGUUUAGAUCAACAUGUUCCUGUUUCAACCUGGAUACCAACACUACCUUCAUCAUCAUCAUCAUCAUCAUCAUCAUCAAUAUUGUCCUUAUUAUUGUCAUCAUCAUCCCCAUUGGUCAUACAAGCACCAUCAUUAUACCCACCGUUUCCACCCCAUUCAUCUUCAUCACCAUCAUCAUCACUGUCAUCAUCUCAGUCUAGUCCAGGUUCUUCUCCAGCAGGCUUUCCAGCUUCCACUGUGAUCACUGUGUCUGUAAUUCUGCUGCUGCUUCUGAUUGGAAUCACAUUCCUCACUUUGAUUUUACAAAAGAGACGCAAAAUCAAUGCAGGUGGAGCUUCUUCUGACCAGAGUCCUGUCCAAAACUCAGGAAAUGACCAAGAGAUUCCUCUUUCUGCCUGUGAGUAUGAGGAGAUUAAAGACACCAAAGAACUUUCACCAUCAGAUGCUGAAUCUUCUGCAGUUUACUCUAAUGUUCGACUACCCAUAAUCCCCUGUGACUCUACUGUUAAUUCUAAUGCUCAGUUACCCACAAUCCCCUCUGAUCAGGACGUCUACUCCACAGCUCAGUUACCCACAAUCCCCUCUGAUCAGGACGUCUACUCCACAGCUCAGGUACCCACAGGUCAAUCAGCUGAGAAACCUGCUGAAGGUCUGACUUAUGCUGCAGUGAGUUUUCACUCCAACACCACCAGCUCUAAUGAUGCAGUUCCACAGGUUAGGGAAGACGUCACUUCUGACUACGCUUCAGUCAGUCACGUUACUUCAUCUGUUUAGUUUAGCGUCAUUAGGGCUCAAGUCAUGUGACAGUCAAACUCUACUGUUACUGAUACCAUUUAUUUUACUUUUACGUCUUCCCCCUUCUUUAAUUUCC